AUGAGUGCAGCAUCCACGCCGCAUGGGACAGAUUCGUGGAAGACGGAAGUGGCGCAGAAGCUGGCCUCUUUGGAGAGGCGGCUGGACCAGUGCAUGCAGAAGCUGGCACCCGACGCUCCUCAAGGCUUCGACGCGCGCGUGGGGCAGCUGGAGAGGAGCCUUCCCAAGCUGGAGCUGCAGCUGGGCGAGCUUCUCGGGGCGACGGCCGGUGCGAAAGAGACGGUUUCGGCACAGGCUCGUCAACUGAGCUGUGUGGAGGAGCGGCUGGCAAGCCAACUCGAGGCAGUCCAGGCCAGUGUGCAGGUGUAUCAGAGCAAGAUGGGAGCCUUGGAGGAUGCCUUGGAGACUUGUAUGAAUACAAUCAGGGGCCUGACAAAGCAUCAGGCCUUAUUGGCCAAACUGGCUUCCGAGGCCUCUGAGGAGCCGCUGAUGUCAAGCCACCAAGCACAGAUGCAGGAGUUGGCCCUUGAUUUGGCCAGCCGCGUCACUCACUUGGAGAGGACGGAUCGGACACUUCGUGCGACUGCCAUGGAGGAUGCCUCCCUUGCGGAAGACGCACAGAUGAGACUGCAGCUGCAGGAGCUGCAGGCUUCAAGCCAGAGGCUGCACAAAGAGAUGCUGGAUGUGGUGGCAAGAAUUGAGGAACACUCAGUGCACCUGGCAUCCUGCAGGAGCAGGAUGGAGGCGCUGGAAGAUCAGCAUCCUGGACCCGCGAUAAAGACAUCCUAG